AUGUCACAUCAUCCACAGCUGUAUGUUGAAUUGAGAGACCAUUCAGGCAAGACACAAGUCAUCUCACCUGAAUGCAUUCAAUCUGUGAAGAAAUAUGCCUGCCCACUGUGUCCAGAUGAUAGUUUUCUUUCAUCUGAACAUUUAAAACGUCACUUGUCGAAGAUUCACGAAAAUAACGCCAAAAUCAUUCAAUGCUGGUGUGGAAAUUAUUUUAUGACUAAGGAUGACUUUCAACAACACAAGGAAACAUGUUUACGCUUUAGAUUCAAAUGCACAAUCUGUGCUCGAAGCUUUACUCAACGAGUUAAUCUCAAGCGUCACCGAAAUGGGGCCCAUUUUGAUUUAAAGAAAUUUAAGUGCGAUGUUUGUCUAUUCGCCACUCAUCGAAAAGACAGUCUAGCACGUCAUAUGACAAGUACUAAACAUAAAUUACAAUAUUCCUCGUCGAUCAUUCAAUCGAGCCAUCAAGACCGACCAUCUCCAGAAGAUAAUAGUUUUAUUUGUGCGUCUCCAAAAGAACUAACUGCUGAAACUUAUUCGAGUCGUAGCUUCCAAUUUAUGGCCUCUAAUCCAGAAGAUCUUGAAUUCUCCGAUGCCGAAAAUCUUAGCAACAAUAUUUUAAACGUGGCCAACUUGCACAGUGUUUCAAGUUCCACUUACAACAAGCAAAUGACUCUUCCACCGCUGAAGAAAACCAGAUUUGUUGUUUUGUCUGGCACUCCUCAAAUAAAUCUCAAUACUUCCAAGUUAUCUCAGGUGAUUGCAAAACCGUUGUCUGUGGAAGCGGACGAAAACGUAAGCAAAGAAGUCUCUCCCAUUGGCAGAGCUAACGAUAUUGCGAUGCACAGUAACUGCUUGCUUCCUCCAAUGAGCAGCACUCACAAAAUCCAAACUGAUUUAUCGUCCUCUUCUGACAAGAAUUCCUUGGCUAAUGCGACAUCCAACAAACAGUUCAUCAUUUUGAGAUCCCUGAAUCCCCCCGUUAAAAUUACAUGGUCUAACGGCCUGCGUGAGAACCACAGCCCAAUUCAACGUUCCAUGAAAAACUUCCAACUGCAGUUCAACAACAUCGUCCAUGAGGUAACCAUCUGCAAGAUCAGCGAAUCCGAUCGACCUCCGAUUUCUUCUACCGUUCAACGUUCUCAAGUUAGUAAUUUUUGUCAAGCGGUUUUUGACGACAGCACCAAUUGUAGGAGGCGAAUGAUCGUGCCGCAACCAAAGUGUCGAGAACGUUUUUGA